AUGGCAAAUAUUCAGAUCGAUAUGUUUAACAUUCGGCUGCCGAAAACCGGAAAGGUCGUUGAAAUCAACGAUGAUGGAUCAUAUCAGCUAGGGCCACUACCCACCGUUGGUGGACCUUUCAACACUGCUGCCGACUUUUUCAGAGCCUGGUCCACGAAGGUUGAAUUUGGCCUCUCCAAAGACCAGCUUCAAAACGCAGCUGGUUCAUAUGCUAGCGAGAUACUAUCCUCCGUGAAAGCCUUCAGAACCCUGGUGCAUGAUAAUGCGGAGUGA